CCAAUGAAUCCAACCACGUCCUUUCAAAUGUUGCUGUGGUUGUCGAACCAUACACACUUCCCUCGCCAUCGCUGACUCGUUCACGCACUUCCUUGCGGCUAUCCUUCCGCCGCGGCCGCGGGCGUCGAGUUAAUCACCCAAUCCAAAUACAGACAGCCUUUUCCCUCCAUCCCUCCUUCCUAUAAGUAUCCCUCUUUUCUAACCCAGGCCUCGCAACGUUCCAACAGCCGGCGAAGCCUGGCCAGAAUACAACCCUUGCUGUUGGAGUUCUUUGCAUAUCGUGUGUCGCGUUCCUGGAAAGAUGACUCUCGUCGUUGAGCAGCCUCGACCUGCAGUGACAGGAGAAGUCAAGAGGACUCAAUCCGACCCAAAGGAGUUGUUGAUGGAUGGAGGAUUUGUGGUUCCCGAUGCCAAUUCAUUUGGUCAUACUUUCAGAGAUUACAAUGCAGAAUCUGAGAGGCAGAAGACAGUGGAAGAGUUCUAUCGAAUGAAUCAUAUUCACCAAACCUGUGAUUUUGUGAAGAGACUGAGAGAGGAGUAUGGAAAGUUGGAUAGGGUGGAGAUGAGCAUUUGGGAGUGCAUUGAAUUGCUCAAUGAGUUCGUCGACGAGAGCGAUCCCGAUCUUGAUGAACCCCAGAUUGAGCACUUGUUGCAGACUGCUGAAGCGAUUAGGAAGGACUACCCUGAAGAAGAUUGGCUUCACUUGACAGGCUUAAUUCAUGAUCUUGGGAAGGUGCUUCUCCAUCCUAGCUUUGGGCAACUUCCACAAUGGGCUGUUGUUGGUGACACAUUUCCUGUUGGAUGUGCUUUCGAUGAAUGCAAUGUUCACCACAAGUAUUUUGCGGAAAACCCUGAUCACCUCAAUCCUAAAUACAAUACCAAGCUCGGAGUUUAUUCAGAGGGGUGUGGACUUGACAAUGUACUGAUGUCAUGGGGGCAUGAUGAUUUUAUGUACUUGGUUGCUAAGGAGAACAAAACUUCAUUGCCCUUGGCCGGUUUGUUUAUAAUCCGUUACCAUUCAUUUUACCCUCUGCACAAGCAUGGUGCCUAUCAGUACCUCAUGAACGAGGAGGAUAAAGAGAAUCUCAAGUGGCUUCAUGUGUUCAACAAAUAUGACCUUUAUAGCAAGAGCAAGGUGAGAAUACAUGUGGAGAAGGUGAAGCCAUACUACCUUUCACUCAUCGAAAAGUACUUCCCUGCUAAGCUGAAAUGGUGAGGUUUCUUGAUGGUGAUUCAUUUCCUGUGGCCUUCAUGGAGCAGCGAGCAUGACAACCUAUUCUUUUAAGCAUACGAUCGAUCAUAUGAGAAGUUGUCUUGUUGUGUUAUUGGAUUCAUGACACAGGUUUGCAGCUUGUUAUGUAAAACUUACUG